AAAAUCCAAAAGUCAAAUAUCUGUCAAUCAAUAACAGAGGCUUGUGGAGUGUGAUGAUAAAAAAAAACUAUAAAAACAAUAAUAUUGUGAACAAGAAACUAUACAUUUGCGAUGGAUUAUAAAAAUCGGUGUCGAACAUGUUUAGGCAGCGAGAAAGAAAUGCGCCAUAUACAUACUUGUGUGAGAAUAGCUGGCGAAGAAGUACAUCUUUCAGAUAUUCUGCAGAAUUUUUAUAAUUAUAAGGUGGCACCGGACCCAUUGUUUCCAGAAAACAUCUGCAUCAACUGCGUCCAUCAACUCACCAUCACUUACUCCUUCAAAGUCUUGAUAGAUUCUAGUUCAAAGACCUUGAUGGACAACCUCACCCUCCUUGAUUCCACCAGCGACAACUACGACUGCGCCUACGAAUCCGAUGACCAAAAACCAGACUGCCAUAUAAACAUUAAAAAAAGAAACGUAAAAAAGAUAGAACAAAAUAUUGAUGAAAUCCGAUUAUUGUUUUGUGUAGAGUGCAAGGCUGAAUUCCAUUCAGUUAAACUACUGAAUGAGCACUGCCUAAACAAUCACCCCACAAAGUCUGAGAUUGGGAGGGACUGUGACUACUGCAAUGAGAAGUUUGAAGAUUUCCGUUCCCUAGUCUUGCAUAGAAAGUUGCAUCUAAAACCUUAUUUAUGUGAGAACUGUUGGGAAGGAUUCUACAAUGAAGACGAGCUUAACACACAUUCCUGUCAGCCUAACGUAGAGAAUAAGGAGAAGAACAAGUCUGAAAGAGUUUUACGUCAGUGUGAUCAAUGUGGGAAGUCCUAUCCUCCCGGUUACAUUAGAAUACACAUGUUGACACACAGCAAUGAUCGUCCCUACAGCUGUAAAUUUUGUCCAAAGAAAUUUAAAGUCCCUGGCGGACUUCACUCUCACAUUCUAUGGAACCAUAAAAGGACGAGAAACCAUAAAUGUGAAGUAUGCAAUGCUACAUUCAUAUCAUCAAGUUCAAGAAGUUCGCAUAUCAGGAAAAAUCAUUUGAAAGAAAAGAAGUAUGGGUGUGACAGUUGUGGGAAACGGUUCUUCUCAAAGUCUGAGCUCCAGAGGCACUCUCUGACCCACACUGGUGUAAAGAACUUCCAUUGCCAUCUGUGUGACAAAUCUUACCAAACCAGAUAUGGACUAAAUGUCCACCUGAAGUCACAUUCGCCCAUAAACAUGAAUGUAUUGAAUUUGUGAAACAAAGUACAAAGUUAAUUUUGAUCUCAUUUCUUUAGGAUUAGUAUUUAUUUGAAUUUAAUUUUAUUGCAUUGAAAUUAAGGAUCCUAUUAUUAUUGUAUGGAUAAUAAUUAAUAUAAUUUCUGAUGAAUGACGCUGGCUUUUAUUUCGCUUUAUCAAUAAGGAAACCCAUGUCGAAAACUAUAAAUAUAUUCAUUGCAUUGCACAAUAGCUCGAGCACUAUGGCAGGUCCAGAAUUAAUUCUUUGCAAACCAAGAACAAGGUAGUCUAGAGAAACAAACUAAAAUCAUACUAUUUUAUGCUAGAUUCAUUAUUUAUUUUAGGUAUCAAGUAACAAAUUUCAACUGUGCAGGUACAUACAGAAACUUUAAUAAAAAAUAAUAUUUAAAGAAUAUAAUUUUAAUCACAAACAUUCUGAAAUCAUAUUCGAAAUAAUUGAUAUUAUAGUAAAGAAACAAAAUGGCGAACUUAGCAAUUACAUUUAACUUACAAUACAAUUUGUUUUAUAACAAAAUUAA